CUCUCAGUAUCUACAUGUAUAAAUUUUAACCCUUCACAUUGAAAUCUGACAAACUUUAGCUCUGCAACUCCACAUUCUCAAAAAGCCUGUCCCAGUGAACCCCACAAGUUUGAAAUCUCAUUCAAUGCCUCAUUUCCACUUCCAUUUAUUAUUCACAAAAUCUUCUGAACUUAGUACCAACAAUCAAUUUUUCCAUGCAACAACAACAACAACCUUAAGAAAAUGUGAGUUUAAUCUGAAAUGAAAUGUAUACUUAAAAGGAAGGUUAAAGUUUAAACUCUUUCUCUUCUGAUGAGCUUUUUCUGACCUCAUGUUGAUCUCACAUUUUCCCUGCAUUGGUUGCAACUUUUUUAGUUGUACUGUCUAGAUAACACAGCUCUCUGCUCAGAAUCCUCUCUCACAUACACACAGCAGAAGACACUUCAAAAAAAGAGAAUAAGCUCUUUCAAAUCAUGGGAAAUCAGAUUCAGUUUCUGCUCACAAUGUUAUAGUUCUUUUGCUUCCUUAUAUCUUAUAUAAACAUUGAAGAUUGAGAUUGAGAUUGAGAUUGAAAUUGAGUUUGAGUUUGAACUAGGAAAAAUGGGAGUUCAGCAAAAGCUCAUUUUUUUCUUCUUUCAUGCUUCUCUUGUAUUCAUCAUCUUUCCCCUUGUUGGUGCAACCCCAGAGAACCAUCAAAUUACAAACAACCCUUCAAGAACCAAAGAUAAUAGUCACAUUAAGAUGAGUCCAAGACUUCAGUUUGAGAUUACAUUACAUGGCUUUCUCCUGUGGGCUUCAAUGGGGUUCUUGAUGCCUGUUGGUAUACUUGCAAUUAGACUCUCAAACAAAGAGGAGAAUCCAAGAAGGCAUAGAAUUGUGUUCUAUGUUCAUUCAAUUUUGCAGAUGAUUGCUGUGCUGCUUGCCACAGUUGGAGCAAUCAUGUCCAUAAAAAAUUUCAACAACCUCUUCAACAAUAGUCAUCAAAGAUUAGGAGUUGCACUGUAUGGUAUUAUCUGGCUCCAAGUUUUACUUGGCCUUUUUCGACCACAAAGGGGAUCCAAAAGAAGUGUUUGGUUCUUUGCACACUGGAUUCUUGGAACUGCAGUCACAUUCCUGGGUGUCCUGAAUGUAUAUCUUGGAUUAGAAGCCUACCACCAAAAAACAUCAAAAGGCAUAAAAAUUUGGAACAUACUUUUCACUGUUCAGAUAUCUAUGGUUGUGUUUUUCUACCUUUUUCAAGAAAAAUGGGUCUAUAUACAAAACCAAGGAGUGGUUUUGGGCAAUGAAAUGAUGACUUCUAUUUGUCAAGAAAUUGGAACUGAUGAAAAGGAUGAGAAGGUAUUGAAGGGUGACACUUGUUGAGGAAGAAGAAUCAAUGCCUCACCAUAAUUGACCCUGACUUCUACAUGGUGAAUUUGAAUUUCAUGUAGGAGAAAAAAAGAUAAAAAGUAAUUUCUAUUAUUUGUCAGAUAGGGCAGUUUCAUUCAAAGAUUGUAAAUUACUUGGCUCAUAUGUUUUUUUUUGUCCGGUUAAGAUGUAAUUUCAAGAACACAAAAUAUCAUUUCAUGGAGAACAAAUAUAUUCAUAAUUAUUUUUACGUA